UCCGACUGGCUCUGACAAUUCCAUCUAAAUCGUAGACAAGGCCGGAAAAUACUUGCGUUUUGUUAUGUAGCUUUCGACUGGUGGAACCGUUCACACAUAUUUUAAACACCGAUUCCCAACAAAUUCAAAUGUUUUGCCAACAUUUCGUAUUAGGAUAGUAGCACAAAAAAAAAAGUGGUCGAGGAAUUUUGCGCGACUCAAGUGUAUCAAAAACCCUUCAGAUUUCAACGACGACCAGAGUUCUCUAUUUUCUAUGAAAAGCGACGAGCCUAAGAACUAAAAAAAAGCAGAGCAAAUCCCAGAGUCAAAGAGGCGAUUAAAGGACCAGAUGUGCUAACUAAGAAUCCAGGUGCACAACCAUUCCCAGCCAAGUCCCCAAAAAAAAGCCAUCAGCCAUUAGCUAUCAGCCAGUGCGUAAGCUAUCCACAAUACAGAAGUCGCCAUACCGCAGGACAUGUUGUCCCACCGCUUCAACUUGCAUCCGCAGCGGCGUCUGCCCGUCAUCCACGAGCAGAUCGCCAAGCAGUGCGCCAUGAACAUUGUGCGCGUGGCCUCCGCCAUGCCGCAACCGCAGCCCCGCUGCCCAUCCGGUCAUGUGGUCGUGCUCGUGGAGCUGCGCCGGACGGACGAGCAGACCGUGUACCGCUACCAGGUGCAUGUGCCGCCAACGGGCUGGCCCAGCGAGGAUCUGGAGGAGGAGGGUAAGCGGUUCCAGCAGUUGGUGCUCCCCGGAACCCUGGAAGCUCUGGGCCUAAAGCUGCCUCAGCCAGAGCGUCCUCCGUGUCCCAUGCAUGGUCGCUCCCUCAUGGAGAUGGGCUGGUCCCCGAACUCCAACUCGGGUCCGCCUCCUAUGCUGAUGAUGCAGUCUUCCGUACACGUCAUCAAUGGGCAGAAUAGCCCCACGGACUUCACCACCUUCAGCGAGCCCGUUGUGACUGAUCAAUCACCGGAUGUAAUGAGAGCGCACUUUAUGGCCAGUCUAUACCACCAGGAAUCCAGUCCGUUGAGCUACUCGGACAUCUGGGUGUCAGAAGGUUCACCGAGGGGCCUGCCAGGAAGUGAGACCCUGCCCAAGACCCUUUUUCCACAGCUUUGCCUGGGCGAGAAAGAGGAGUCUACGGUCGCCAACGGAAUACGACCUAUCAAUGGUUAUCAGGCGGCUUCGAAACCAAUUGUGGCCAAUCCUCGCCACGUCGCCGAACUGUGCUUGGACAGCAAUGGAGAGUAUGUGCUCAAUGAGCAGCUGCGUCGUCCAUUCAUCAGCUGCCAUCCCAAUCCGGAUAUUCCCAAUAUCGUGAAAAUGGAGCAGCCUUACUUCUUCCAAAAUCAAAGCCACCAGGUGGAGUCUCCCAUUAACGGACUCAGCGGCUAUAUGAGCGAUCUAUCCGACAAUGGUUACAGCAGCCAUGUGUCUGGAAAUCCUAAGAAUGGUCACAGGGAUCAGCCGGCGGCCUUCUCAGAUCAGCGGAUUGUCCUGCACCCAAAUUUUGGACAGGCACAGGGACACGGUGCAGUAUCCGGACUUAGAGCCAAUCACUUACGCCAGGAAACACUGGUGAGACCACAGAAGCCAGGCUUGGCGCUGGCGUCGGAUCUGUCUCCAAUGAAUCCCCAGGAGCUGCAGUCGCUCUUCCGCUGGAACUACUGUGCAUUGUGUCAGUAUGUCAUACGGUCGGGACAGAAUGCCAUUGAUCACUACUCGUCGCGUGCCCAUGAGCGCAAGAUCAGCUCGUGGCUGGUGCACCAGGGCUACGCAAACCUUGCUGGACAGGAUGGGGACGCCUUCGGCGGGACCAUCGGCCAAACGGACUUUUACUGCAAGUUGUGCGACCUGAAGCUGACCUCGUUGUCGCACGCGCAGCAGCACUUCUUUGGACGCCGCCACCGAAUGGUGGCCCGCCACAAGAUCAGGCCAUACGGCGAUGGCUUCUACGAUCGGGAGGGCAAUUGGGUGCGCACGGACGCCAAGUACCCCAUGUGCGAGCUGUGCGACGUGAGCAUCACCUCGGAGUCCCAGAUGGCCAUGCACCUGGCGGGGGCACGUCACCGCAGACGGAUGCAUAUCGCCUAUGCGGGUGCGUCCGACGGGGGCAUGGAAAUGGGCAUGGGUCUGGUCCCGUUCGAUGGCACGCACAUGUACCGGAUAAACGGCAACGGAUCGCUGGCCCCAAUAAGGCCCUUGGGUCUACAGAUGCUCCAUGGCACCCUUCCGCUUCCCCUGGACGAUCCCAGUGCCGCCUUCUACUGCGAGGCAUGCAACAUCACGCUGAACCACCUGAAGUCGGUGAAGCAGCACGAGCAGGGUCGCAUGCACCGCCGGAAUAUGCACAGAUUGCCUGGCCAACCGGUCUUCUGCUAGUGACCUGGCGAGUGACCUGGCGAGUGACCUGGCAGCGCCCUCGGCGCAGUGAAUGGGUGGCAGAUAUCGAUGAAAAGCAAAGUGGAGCCGCAACCGUACUGGUCAACGAGGAAAGUGAGGAAGCUGCCGGGAGCAGGUUUUCAGUACGUGAUCUUUGGACACUUAUAAAAUAUAUAGUAUGAUGUCUGGAGUUCCCGAUGGCCCAACCAACUUCCUGCUGCGCUGUGUGUUAUUUGCCAUUUAUUUUUG